AUGUUCUUAAUUGCAGGUUAUAAUUUGGAGUGGCAUCAGCUCCGUCCCUCCCAGCUGGCUGUGGCACAGAAGCUGUUGUCACAUGUGUGCUCCAUCGCGGACUCCAGCACUCAGAACCUGGACCUGGGCUCAUUUGAGAAAGUUGAAUUUCUAAUCUGUGUUCCUCCAUCUGAAGUCACUUAUCAGCAAACACUUUCCCACGUGUGGAAUUCAGGUGUUCUUGCAGAAAUUGGCAUUGAGAGGAAGCAGCUCACUAAAAGUUGUUUGGAGCAGUACAUCAUGAAGUUGGAUACAGAGGCUCCCAGUAAAUUUAAAUCUUUCCUACAAAAAGCCAUGCAGAAUCCACACACACUGUUUGUCUUGCUUCAUGACCACGCUCACUGGGAUCUCACAAGCUCUUUAUACAGUCCAUACUCUCAGAAUGAGCCCUCCAUCGGGCUGGUGGACCGUCUGCUGAACUGCAGGGAAGUCAGAGAUUCUCCCAACAUUCUGAUUCUUCAUGUAACCUCCUGCCCCUAUGCUCUGCAGACCCAGAACACCCAUAUCAGCCCAUACAACGAGAUCCAUUGGCCAUCCUCUCAUAGUCACGGAAUGGAUCUGUACCAUGAAAAAAGGAAAUACUUUGGUCUGUCUCAGUACAUCGAAUCCACGCUGUCAGGGCACAGUCUUCCUCUACUACGCCAUGACAGCUCCUUUGAAGGCAUUGUGAUGGCAUUAGGAAAAAGGUUUCCCAAGCUCCACAGUGCCGUGAUACGGACAUUUCUUCUCAUCCAGCAUUACUCGUCGGCGAUGAUGGCUGUGUGCGGUUUCUCUCAGAUGAAGAAUUACACUUCGGUGGAAACCCUGGAGAUUGUCCAGAACCUCCUGAAUUCUCCCAAACAGUGCGCCAGCAGACAUGGGCUGAUGGUUCUCUUACGGAUUCCCUGCAUUCCACUGGCCAGCUUGGCUUAUGAACGUCUUUGCCAUGUUAGAGAACGACUCGGUCUACAAAAUGGAUUUGAGGUUAUUCUGGGAAAAGCCAAUUCAUCAUUCACUAUUGGAAAGCACUUUGUGGACCAGCUUAAGAUCUGGCAGAAAAUCGACGAUGAAGACUGGCAGCCUCAGACUUAUCUAGAACUAGAGGGUCUGCCUUGCAUUCUGAUAUGCAGUGGUAUGGAACCUCUUGGAGAAUCUCUGCCAAGAUCAUUGAGGUACUGUGACCUCCGUCUAGUCCAGUUCAGUACAUGGGAAAGAACAAGAGUGGAACAAGAGCUGGGAUUUGCUUCAUGUUUUAUAGACACUGUGAUAUCUCAGGACCAAGGGCUUGGAAAGGAAAUGAUGAUGGACAGUGACCCAGACAAGCUAAGCAGCACAGACAAUGAGGAUGAAGAAAUGAUGACUGAUGGUAAGCUAUUCUCUAGCUGUAGUGGAUCUAGCACCAUAGCAGCAUGUUCCAUUGCAGAUAGUGAGUCCUCAUAUUCCCCUUUGGCAGAAGACAAUGUAAAGCUGACUCAGCAUUCAGGGGUUUCUAAUAGUGAAGACUGCAAAGCUGCAUCAGAGAAAUUAAAAUUGUCAGCUGAUAAGAAUGCCAAAGUUGUCAUAUGUGAACAGAUGGACAGCAACAGCUCUGCCAAGUCCAUGAAGAAUCCAAGCUCCAUAUCCACCACUUCUUCAUCGUCAUCAUCUUGCUUUACCAGUGACAAUGGACUUCAAAUCUACCAAUGUUCUAUGGCCAAGGCUUACAAACAGCCACCAGUGGUGUUCCUCUCCAAGCUAGUGUAUGACAUCAUCACCUCCACUGACAGCAGUGGUCUUUCUAAGUCUUCAUCUUUCUUGCCGCACUGUGAUGUGGCAUGGGCCAGCUCAUUCCGCCCACUUCUGAGUAAAAUGAUGACUUGUACAGAACAAUCUUUGUACUACCGCCAGUGGACAGUGCCAAAACCAAGCCACAUGGACUAUAGUAAUGUAAAUGAAGGUAGAAUGGACACAUUCCAUCCAAGAAGACUGUUGCUUAGUGGACCACCUCAGGUGGGGAAGACGGGAGCCUAUCUGCAGUUUCUCAGCGUCCUGUCCAGAAUGCUGAUACGACUGACUGAGGUGGAUGUGUAUGAUGAGGAAGAGAUAAACAUCAGCAUCAGAGAAAAGCCUGAACAGAAUUUCCACCAGAUCUUAGACAUGUGGCCCAGUGAGGACUUUGUGAAGAAGAUGGACUUUGACUACAUGCUGCAUGAUCCUAAGUAUGAAGAUGCAAGCAUCAUCUCUUCUAAUUUUCUCAAUCCCAGCACUGAAGAUAAAUCAACAUACCGGAAAAAUGAAGACAUAUAUGUACAACGCCAAACAACCCGCAUGCGAUUAUCAAAAUAUGCUUCUUAUAAUACUUACCACCAUUGUGAGCAGUGCCACCAGUACAUGGGAUACAACCCCAGAUUUCAGAUGUAUGAAUCCACAUUGCAUGCUUUUGCAUUCUCCUAUUCCAUGCUAGGAGAGGAAAUACAGUUACACUUCAUAAUACCUAAAUCCAAAGAGCACCAUUUUGUGUUUAAUCAACCAGGCGGUCAACUUGAGAGCAUGAGGCUAUCACUUGUCUCUGAUACGAGUGCUGACUGUGUGAAAAGCCCCAUCUUCACACCCACAACGGGCCGCCACGAACAUGGUCUGUUUAACUUGUAUCAUGCUAUGGAUGGCAGCAGCCAUUUACACAUCUUAGUCGUUAAGGAGUAUGAGAUGGCGAUCUAUAAAAAGUAUUGGCCCAACCACAUUAUGCUGGUCUUGCCUAGUAUCUUCAAUAGUUCUGGAGUGGGAGCUGCUCAUUUCCUCAUCAAGGAGCUGUCUUAUCACAACUUGGAAUUGGAGCGGAAUAGACAGGCUGAGCUGGGGGUCCAGCCCCAAGAUGUCUGGCCUUUCAUAGUCGUAGCAGAUGAUUCUUGCGUGAUGUGGAACACUGUGGAUGUCAGUGUGACAGGAGACCAUGCGAGGGACUGCUCAUGGACUGAAAGAAAUGUAUCUUUGAAGUACAUCUUGCAGCAAAUGGAGGGGACACAGAACAUCACUCAGUACGCCAUGCUGGGCAUGCGGAAGUGGACCAGUAAAACUAAAAGCAAAGACUUGAGAGAACCUUUCUCCCGCUGUCACCUGCAUGACUUCCUCCUCCUCAAUGUGGAUCUGACGCAGGAUGUUCAGUACAACCAGAACAGGUAUACUUGUGAUGAUGUUGACUUUAAUCUGCGAGUGAACAGCUCUGGGCUGCUUAUUUGUCGUUUUAAUCGGUUUAGUGUCAUGAAGAAGCAAAUCACUGUGGGAGGUCACCGGUCUUUGCACAUCAAACCCCAAAUCCAGGCUCUCGAUUCAUCAAUGUCAGUCUCAACAGCUCACUACAUCUGUGCUCCUGACAGCAACCAUACCGUCUUGGCUGCACCGGCUCAUCUACUUCUGGAGAAAUUCCUCCAAUUUCACAGCCAGCAAUUCUUCCCUCUGUCAGUGACUGACUCCAGCCACCCGGUUCUGGUGGUAGAUUGCUACCUGAACCUUGGCCCUCAGAUUACAGUGUGCUACGUCAGCUCACGGCCCCACUCCGUCAAUGUAAACUGCACAGGGGUAACAUUUAGUGGACUCUUGCUCCACCUGUGCGAUUCCUUUGUUGUAGCCAGUUUCUUGAAAAAUUUCCAAUUUUUGAAAGGCCAUGCUGUGUGUUGUGUGUGUCAGGACCGCAGCUCCCUUCGCCAAACAGUAGUUAGGUUAGAACUGGAGGAUGAGUGGCAGUUCCGUCUACGGGACGAGUUCCAAACAGCCAAUGCCAAGGAAGACAAACCCUUGUUCAUCCUGACUGGGCGCCAUGUUUAA